AGUUCGUAAAGAAAUGUCUCGGUUUUGUGGAUUAUUUAAAAUAAAAUUGGCAAAAUGUCGAACCAACGAAAAGAUAUGUGGAAGUUGCUCUACAACCACGUUAACCGGAACGUAACCAACUUGUCCCGAGUGUACAGCGUAAUUGAGGACAUUCUGUGCCAGGAACCGAGUCUGAUAAGCUGCUCGUUGGUACGAGAGCUGCACAAUAAAUUCCAGGACACUUUCCUUUUGUGGCUGCUCAACAAACUGGCCAAGUGCCUUAGUGAAACUCCAGAUGGCAGCCAGUGCAUCAAUCUACAAAGGAAAAUACUUAGCUCCUGCUGUUCCAAUCAUCCUAAGUUGUACGAACGCCUGGUACUGGCCUAUGUAGAAGCGCUUGAGGAGACGCACCUGCAGCUAAGCUUGUUGGACUUUAGCCAAGGUUGUGACGACCAUAAUUCUACAAUAACCUUGAGAAUAUUUCGAUGCGAUGUGUCCUGCUUGCAGGAGUUCGACCCACAGUGCUCAUUUGAAGAUAUUAAAUUGCCCAUUGAGCAGGCCGACAUGUAUGCAAAGAGUCUGCUAGAAGUUUUGCAGCAUGCCCAUCAUAUUGGAUAUGCCACUCAUGGCGAUAUAUUUUCGAGCAGCUUACACCAGGCAUUACUAAUCAUCAAGGAGUGCGACAUGGAUACCAAACUGGCCAGCCUGAAUUACUGUCUUAGUGUCCUGCGGUCACAGUCAGCUACCAGCUGGCUAACAAAUCCGGACGUUAGUCAUUAUGCCCAGUUGACGCUGGAGGCAACGAUAAUUAUGUGGUCCACCGUUUUCAAGUGGUUAGAGAUGGGUUGUAUGACACGCCAGGAACUAAAACAACUGAAUGUGACCACAAAGCAGCUGCUGCUUGUUCUGCAAACCCGUGGCCAACCAGCUCUUCAACUUGGCUAUCUGCUCCUAAAUGAGAUACUUAGCUUGCCCACAAACAUCGAACUAGACGAUGAACUCUUAGAAACUUUAAGUUCCUAUAUUCAUAGCCAGUUAGAGCAUUCAGAAACGUCAUUGGAGCAGUUAAUACACUUGCAGCAGCUUGUCCUAAGUCAUUGGCACACCCACCCAUCACAUUUACUGCCCAUAUUGGCGCUAAUGGGCUUAAAACAGACUAAGAUACGCACAACAGUGGUGCAAGUGCUAACACAAAGCCUAACGCAAAUUAUUCAGAAAAAGGAGGUUUUAGCCAAGGAGUGGCAGGAAGUAGUUGCUAUUUUACGCACAUUUCAACAGCUAGAACAGCUCGUUUUGUCACAGAGCCAGCACAAGAUUGCUGAACAAGAAGGUCAUAUUGAUUCCUCAGUGUUGACCAAACUGCCGCUGCAAUGUGAAAUCAUAAAGAUAACGGACACCAACUGGAAUAACCUUUCAAUGCAAUUGGUUGAGCAGGAAUCGAAAUGUCGCUUAGACACGAAACACAUGUAUUUGGAAGUCUGCUCGCUUCUAAUGCAGGUCAACUUCAUUCGACACUUUUUAAAGACACAAACACAACACCAACUUCUGGCAAUUCUUCAGCGGCAUAUGGAGUUAUCCCAUCUGUGUGCCAUUCGAUUGGAGACACCUUCGAGUGCCCAUACCCAAAUGCAAGGAUUCUAUGGCCAGCAGUUCAUAAGUCUCAUGAAAACCGAGAACACGCAGGAAUUAUUUUUUAACAAUCUUCCACAGUUGUACAUAUCAGGUUACAUAAAACCGGAGCAACUUAUGAAAGCUCUUCCCUCCAUUACAAGUCGAAUUGGACGUGCUCAUGUUAUACGCUUAUUGCUGUGCUCCCAACCAGGAACUUUAAGUGUCUUUAAAGUCCAAGAUCGGAUUGAGUUGUACUGUCCGAAAUGUAGACCAUUGCCAGAGAAUCUACCAGGCAUUUACCUCGGGAAAUGCAAGCAGCCACUGGCUUGUCUAGACUUCUCCAGCGCUGCCCUCGAGAUGAUAGCCAAAGAUUUUUUAUUUUAUCAAGAUUUUUCUUACAUUUCCCACCACCUGGAUCUACUGCGCUUCGAUCCUAACAUUAUUCUCCGUUUGCUUAAGGAAACGGAUCGACUACAAAAGGUUAGCGUUAAGAUUCUAGGUCUUCUAGUCUCUGGAAUGCGAGCCCUUUCACCAGAUUUUAUGGAAAAGUUGGGCAAUCUUCUUCUUAGUUCUAUUAAAGUUAUGUUAGAAAAACCACUAUCAGAGCAAAAUGUUCUGCAGCAAAGGCGUAUGCUGAACAUAUUGAAUGCCAUUGCUCACACGGAAGACGAUGAAAUCUGGCUCUUCCAUUGGUUUAAAAUGACGUUCUUCUUUUUGGUACACAUUCGAUCUUUGGUGGCUCAGGAAGCAGUGCUGGCAGCUACUGAGAUGUGUGCCAGUCAUGGUCUGCAGACGAUUAAUUUGUGGAACUGUUAUAAGCGAGAUGCCCUCAACCUUGCUGUUCGUCUUGCCUUAACAGGAUAUCUUUCGGAUGGCGUUCGCUUCACCAGAUCUCUAAGGGCGCUUUCAAAAAUGUUGGGAUUUACGUGCGUCCAGGAGUUUACCUGCAAGUACCAUCGCCUUGUGACAGCAAUGGUUUUGCCGCACUGCAUCGUUGAGCCGCGAUCUAAAGGAGUUUUGGUUUUGAUAGCCAAACAAUUGCGAAAACCCAUUUCAACGUUGUUUUCCAUCUCGUUUCUGCGUCUCUACACCCAUGUUUAUCUUACCGAGGAACCAGAGCUGGCCAAUAGUUGCAUUGAGUUGGUGGUUAGCUGCACACAAUCAAGUCUGCAACAGCUAAUGAAUGCAGAUGUUAAGCAAACGGUGGCCGAAUUGCUAAUUUAUUUCAAUCGGAACCCAACAUUCGUGAUGCGAUCCUUCCAGAGCCUUUUGCAGCUAUCCAUCGGUUCCGAGGAGGAGUUAUCAAGUCAAACUACCAAUGCUGAGUUUGCCAAUUUUAUAGCUGAGCGUUUCCUGGGCGUGAUAACAUACUUCGAGAGCUGUCUGAGUGAACCGUCCUUUGAAAAGCCAUUGAAGGAGGAGACUUUGUACAGUUUGGGACAGAUCAUGCGAUUCGUGGGCUCACAACACGUCACUCAGUUUCGUUUCAAGAUCAUUGCUAUGUUAAGUUUCGUUCACACACUGCAGGAGCCUCGCCUUCAGCGCAUUUGUUUAAAGAUCUGGCAUAUAUUCUUGCAUGUGGUAAAUGUACAGGAGCUGGGACCGUCGCUCGGAAGAAUUGUGGCCACUCUGCAGCCGCUGCUAGCGGAUAGCGAGAGCGUGAAGCAAGUCAAUGAUCUGUAUGAGUUUAUAAUCCUACGAAACGCUUCCAUGCUGGGCAACUUCAUAACAGAUCUGUACUUCUUAGAUCGCAUGGAGAAUGUCGCGCCCUCUAUUCAAAAGUGCAUCAAAAGGCAUACAGCCCAUCUGGACUUGAAGGGAUCGGCGGAAGGCGAGAGUCAAUCAAAUACAUCGCCACAACUGGUGGAACAAUUGCGGUUCCUGCAAAAGCACAUCACGGAUGAGUGUUUACAGGUGCGUGUCUAUGCCCUUCAGCAUCUUGGCGAACUUUUUGGAAGGCGACGACCACAGCUAAACAGCACAAUCCUAAGUGAAUUGCCUCUAGAACCUCUGCUGGAGCAGAUAGUGAAUGUUUUGAUGGCUGGAUGCCAGCACGAUGAUAGUCAACUUCAAAUGGCUUCGGCCAAGUGCCUCGGAGAACUGGGAGCUAUUGAUGCCAGUUAUCUACCCUCGAACUUCAAUUUUGCCAGUCCUCAGCAGCUGCCACUCAAUAUUUUGUCGGAUGAUUUUGCCGUCUUAGCCCUGACUUCAUUGUGUCGUGGCUAUCAGUUCCAGCAGAAGACGAAGCAUGUGGAUAGUUUCUCACUUGCCAUCCAGGAGACGCUGGCUGUUUGUGGAAUUUCGCCCAAGGAGCAGAAGAAGGUGCAGCUUUGGCAGUCGCUGCCGGCGAGAAUGCGUCAGGUUAUGGAACCAAUGCUGCACUCCUGCUACACUUGCUGCCAUCGUCCUAGUACCUGCCUGCAACAGCCCCUUUUUGGAAGUCACUAUUCACACAACUUUUACGAGGAAUGGGCCUUUCUCUGGGCCAGUCGAUUGAUCGACUACAUUCAAUCCUCGGACACUCGCCACCUACUUAGCUCUUACAAACCGUGCAUCAAGCGGGAUGGUAAUAUGCUAAGCACAUUCUAUCCUUACAUUCUUUUGCACGCACUGCUCGAGUGCACAGAGGAGCAGAGGAAACAUAUCCAGGAGGAGUUCAUGGCCGUCCUCCGAGCCAAUGAGGAAAGUUCAAGUUCAGUGAAGGGUCGCCAGGAGCUUGGAGCGAUUAAGGAGAACGCCUUUAAGCAAUUCGAAUCUCGAAAGUACGCAGCGGGGAUCAAGCCCUUAACAACCAACUCUGUGUUGGAGCGAAAAGAGGACUCCAGCCGUGUUCCUCGGCUGGCCGGAAAGCUGUGCGCCGAACUCUUGGACUUUCUACAGCGUUGGCUAAGGGAGUGGCAGCGAAUUCAUGGCCGAAGCACCGGUGGAAAGCCGCCAGAGACGAUCGAUUCUAACUACCGAAAGAUCCACGAAUUCCUUAAUCAGAUACCCAAGUUAUUAGUAUCUCGCGCUAGCUACAAUUGUGGCGAAUAUGCUCGUGCACUUAGCUACUUAGAGAGCUAUUUGGAAGAGGGCGGCAUAGACAAAUCUAAGAGAUUGUUGGAACAAUUUACAUUCCUUGUGGAAGUAUACGGAUCACUAAGGGAUCCCGAUUCGGUGGAGGGAGCCGUGCAGGUUCGCAGCUAUGACAUGAGUGUGAUGCAAGACAUCCUGGUCAAUCGACUGGUGGAGCGACAGCAGGAUAUGAUUACAUCCUAUGAGCAGCUUCUCUCCAGUACGGACCAAAUGCAGCCAGAUCAUGUACGCGCCAUGAUCGAUGCAUAUUUGAGGGACACACCCAAGACAGCCCAGUUGAUAGCCGACGGCCUCUGGCAGAGAUUGUCUGAUCAGUACUCGGAUCAGUGCUUUGCAGAAUGCAAGUCAGAGUUACUCUGGCGCCUGGGAAGCUACGAUGAGCUGGAGGAGGUUCAGUCCAACUGGCCAGCUCAGUGUUCACAAGGCUGUCUAAAGCUGCGUAGGCCACUUACCACGCGGAUCGAAUUCGACGCAUUGCUAGACGGCAUGCGUGGCUCGGUGCUGGAGCAGCUACGAAGCUGCUCUGCAGUCCAGCAACAUUCAUAUGCAAAUGCAUAUGAUGCGGUGUUGAAGCUUCACUUAGUUCAUGAACUGCAGUGCAGCCAGCAGCUUGUAGAGAAUCUGGAACAGGAUCGCGAUCAGGACAAUCAAGAGAGGCUUAUGAAGAAGUACUUCGAGGAUUGGCAGUAUCGUCUGCAGGUUAUCCAGCCUCAAGUUCGUGUGCAAGAGUCCAUCUACAGUUUCCGCCGGAAUCUGUUGGCGGAACUUCAACGCCGCUUGGCAGAUCGUAGUCAUCUGCUGCCCCCCUUGCAGACGGAGCUGGCGAGAAUCUGGCUAAAUAGUGCUCAAAUCAAUCGAAAUGCCGGCCAACUGCAGCGUGCCCAACUUUAUAUUCUCAAAGCAGCGGAAUAUAAACCCACGGGUCUCUUCAUCGAGCGAGCUAAACUUCUAUGGCAAAAGGGCGAUCAGGUGAUGGCCAUGAACUAUUUGGAGGAGCAGCUGUCCAUUAUGCGUUCGUCGUGCCAAGGUAAUGUCAAGCAACUGGCGCCGGAGCAAAGACAUCUCUUCUUUUGUGGGAAGUACUUACAGGCUGUGUAUAGCGCCGAAUCGAUGCAUCUGUGUGCGGAUGCUGUUCUGAAGUAUUUCGAGGAGGCCAUUCUCGUGCAUCGUCAAUCGGAGAGCUGCUACGUACAGAUGGCACAAUUUCUGGAGAAGAUCCGUGAGGCAAAGCAGGCUAGCAAAUCAGACCCCAAUAGUGACCUUGAUGAUAUGCUCAUCAAUGUGAUGGUCAACUAUGCAAGAUCUUUGCGAUAUGGUAGCGAGCAUGUCUACCAGUCAAUGCCACGACUGAUUAGCCUAUGGCUGGACACCACAGAGACGUCUACCAACACUGAGCAGGUGAAGAAGAUGAACGAUUUGCUGACAAACUGCUGUACUGCUUUGCCUACGGCUAUGUUCUACACUGUUUACUCACAAAUGCUGAGUCGUCUUUGUCAUCCAUUGCCAGAGGUGUUCUCGGUUCUCCGUAAUGUGAUAAUACGAUUAGUGGAGGAAUAUCCUCAGCAGUCGCUGUGGAUGCUUUUGCCACAUUUCAAAUCGGCCAAAGCGAACAGGAUUAAGCGCUGUAAACUUAUUCUCACAGACAGCCGAUUGCAGAAUUCUACCUUUCAGAAAUUGCUGCAUGAUUUUAAUUCGCUGACGGAACGUCUCAUGGAUAUCACCAACAAGGAAGUAACCCUUGAUCGGACAUAUAAGUUGAGUGACCUGGACACACGGCUCACCAAACUAUGCAAACAGGCGGACUUCUCGAAUAUACUCCUGCCCUUUGAGAAGUACAUGCAGCCAACAUUGCCCUUAAGUUCAGAUCCGACCUCAUCGACGCUUUCGCAUCUUCCAACGACUGCAGCGAAGGUCAAUUGGUUUCCCUAUCAACAGAUAUACAUCAGUGGCUUUCAGGAGUCAGUGCUAGUCCUGCGCUCGGCGGCAAAACCCAAGAAGCUAACCAUUCGCUGCAGUGAUGGCCAAGAUUACGAUGUUUUGGUAAAACCCAAGGAUGAUCUGCGUCGCGAUGCUCGUUUGAUGGAGUUUAAUGGCCUGGUCAAACGAUAUCUGCAUCAGGAUGCUCCAGCCAGACAGCGGAGACUUCACAUCCGUACAUACGCCGUGCUACCGUUUAACGAGGAGUGCGGCCUAGUCGAGUGGUUGCCCAAUCUUGCCUCAUAUCGGAGUAUCUGUAUGAGUUUGUAUGCUCAGCGGGGACAGGUGAUGUCUGGCCGACAAUUACACCAGCUGGCUGUGCCUUUGAAUGAAUCUAUAGAGCGCAAGCGAGAGGUCUUUACCAAGAAGCUGAUACCUGCCCAUCCGCCGGUCUUCCAAGAGUGGCUGCGUCAACGAUUCGUCACCCUGCACAGUUGGUAUGAGGCGAGGAAUACUUACAUUCGCACCGUGGCCGUCAUGUCUAUGGUGGGUUAUAUCCUAGGACUUGGCGAUCGCCAUGGAGAGAAUAUUCUGUUUGCCGAUAGCAACGGCGAUGCUGUCCAUGUGGACUUCAAUUGCCUAUUUAAUCAGGGCGAGCUGCUGGCUUAUCCUGAGGUUGUACCCUUCCGGCUUACACAUAACAUGACCGUCGCCAUGGGUCCGCUAGGUGUGGAAGGUAGCUAUCGGAAGUGCUGUGAGAUAACGCUGCGCCUGCUAAAGCAGGAAACCAAGACCCUCAUGUCCAUGCUAAGGCCAUUUGUCUACGAUGUGGGAGCACAAACUAGAAAUGGUGCAGCCACUGCCAAAAUCACAAAGGAUGUACAGCGAAUCGCCGAUCGUCUGCAGGGACAUGUCAAGCGUCAGCAGGCCAACAGCAUUCCUCUUUCGACCGAGGGUCAGGUCAACUUUCUUAUAAACGAGGCCACCAAAGUGGACAACUUGGCGGCAAUGUACAUUGGCUGGGGAGCAUUUCUUUAAAAGUAAGUCUUUUGAUUUAUGUCUUUCCAAAGUCAAAAACUCGUUUCUCAAGUUUCUUAAAGAUUGUUUCUGUAAAUAAUAAAUGUUGAGUUUUUAUAUGGA